GUACAACUAAAAUGACGCGAAUGUCAUAUUUGAUGUUAAUAGUUGUUUCACUUUACCUUAUCGGUAUUUCUGUUGCAAGCAAGGAUAACCAGAUCAGCAAACUAAACAAAUUGAUCAAGUCGAGAAGAUCAGAGAAUCCACCGCAUGCAGAAUCAUGGACAAAACAAGAUAUAUCAAAUUUAUCUCCGGUUUAUACGGUACCUCAAGAAGGAUCAUUGGAGGCAGACAGGAUUGAUAAGCUGCCAGGCCAACCAGUAGCGGAUUUUGAGCAGUAUGCAGGAUAUGUAACAGUAGACGCAGAGGCUGGAAGAGCGUUGUUUUAUUAUUUUGCUGAAUCGCCUCAGAAUUCUUCAACCAAACCUCUAGUCCUGUGGCUCAAUGGAGGACCUGGAUGCUCAUCCUUUGGAUAUGGAGCUAUGGAAGAACUUGGACCCUUUCGGGUCAACAGUGAUGGGAAAACACUCUACCGCAAUGACUAUGCAUGGAAUAGUGUGGCUAAUGUAAUAUUCUUGGAGUCACCGGCUGGAGUGGGAUUCUCAUAUUCAAAUAGAAGUUCUGACUACACAACAGGCGACAAACAGACAGCUAAAGACUCGUAUACUUUCCUCGUCAACUGGUUAAAUAGAUUCCCUCAAUACAAAACCCGAGAUUUCUUUAUCACAGGUGAAAGCUAUGCUGGCCACUAUGUACCUCAGCUUGCUUCCCUCAUUGUCGCAGAGAACAAGAAAACAAACCAAACAGUUAUUAACCUCAAAGGAAUAGCAAUUGGGAAUGCUUGGAUAGAUGACGUGACCUCUUAUGAAGGGAUGUUUGACUAUUUCUGGACACAUGCUCUAAACUCUGAUGAGACUAAUGCAGGAAUCAACAAGUAUUGUGAUUACAUUUCUGGAAAUUUCUCCGAUAAAUGUGAGGAGUAUCAGAGCCAAGGAUACAAUGAAUAUGGUUAUAUCGACAUAUACAACAUCUAUGCUCCGCUAUGUGAUAGAGAUGCACAAAAACCUGGAUCCCCGGGAUCUGUGAAGUCUUUUGAUCCAUGUUCUGAUGAUUAUGUAACCACCUAUCUGAAUCGAGCGGAUGUGCAAGAAGCUCUUCAUGCCCGAAAUACCUCAUGGUCGCCUUGCGGUGGUGUUGGAUGGACAGACAGCCCAACAACCAUUUUGCCUACUAUCAAUCAGCUAGUUGAAGACAAGAUUAUUGUUUGGAUAUACAGUGGGGACAUCGAUGGACGGGUCCCAGUAACAUCCUCGAGGUAUUCUGUAAACAAGUUGAAAAUACCAGUAGUGAUUCCAUGGCGACCGUGGUACUAUAACAAAGAGGUUGGAGGAUAUGUGGUAGGCUACGAAGGAUCAAUGGUAUUGACGACAGUAAGAGGCGCAGGGCAUACAGUCCCGAGCUACCAACCACAAAGAGCAUUAGUCAUGAUCUCAUCAUUCCUUCAAGGAAUACUUCCUCCAUCUUCAACCGAAUAAU